AGGACAGGUCGGGACAGGACAAUGUUCAUGAGUCAUUGAGUCAUUACUCAUGCGUCAUGAUUCCUGAACUAUACUAAUACAGUCGUGUUCGUACAUCAUACCAUAGAACAAUCAUAAUCGUACCUAGUGGCUAGUACUUAAUCUAAUGUUUAUGGUUGUGCAAGUCAACAGGCAACAGGUAGACGGCAGUAACAAGUAGCAUAAAUUACCUAUCAACAACAAUAAGACUUUAGUACAUUACUUAAUUUUGAGUAUAUACUAUUAUUGAAUUUGCUCAACUACAUUUGCUCAGUCAUAAUGGAACAACAUCAUCGAAAAUUGAUUAACAAGCGUAUGUCAGAAUUAGUAUCUGUUACUUUCGAUGUAAAAGCUAUUGUAGAUAUCCUCUUUGAUAGGGUUGUAAUCAAUGAAUGGAUGAAAGAUUAUAUUUUGGGUAAUGAGGGAGAUUCAUCCAAAACAAAAAAAUUGUACGAAGUAAUUCAAAAACGGGGGCCUGAAGCAUUUACAAAUAUAUGUAAAGUAUUGAAAGAAACAGGCAACAUAAAAGCUCACGACGUUUUAACAUCCAAAACAUGUGAGGAAGAGGAAGAUGAAUUAAGUUCAUUGGACAAAGAAUUUAACAAAGUCAUCUUAGAUCAUGAUGAUUCAUACGUCACGGUUCAUCCUGAACGCAAACUUAUGAAAAGAUAUGAAGCAAAAUUGAACACUGCUUUUUUUUCUGGGGCUUAUCCAAUGGAAUCAAAUCCUAAAGGACAUGCAUUGAUUAUAAAUAUUAAUAAUAUAAAAUAUAGAGACGAAAGAAAGGGAUCAAAUGUUGAUAUGGAAAACUUAAAGAAAUUAUUUAAAGGCCUUGGAUAUAUUGUUCACCCAAAAGUAGAUUUAACUGAAAGACAAUUUAAGAAUGUUAUUAAUGAAUUCAUUAAUGUAUGUGUAAGUGAAAAGGCUAACUCAAUUGUUGUUUUUAUAAUGAGUCACGGUGAAGCCGGAAAAGAGUCAACUAGAUCAUCAGAUAUAUUGGCUGCGGAUGGCGUACCAAUAAACACAGACUGGAUAAUUGAACAAUUUGUAGUCAAUUAUAUUGAACAUAUACCGAAGUUAUUUUUUAUCCAAGCGUGUCGUGGAAAGAAUAGUGAUUUUGGUUGGAAACACCAUGAUGGUGAAAUUAAUCGUUUACACAAUGACAGUUCCUCGAUUUCGUCACCAUUCACCACAAUUUUUGAACGACGUUAUAAAGAUGUGUUCAUAGCAUAUGCCACUAUUCCUGGACAUACUGCUAAACGUGAUCCGAUAGAUGGUUCAUGGUUUGUUCAAAAAUUAUGUGAAGUAGUUCGUAAAAAUGCUUACAACACUGAUUUGAAUGAAAUGAUGUUAAUGGUGGACUAUGAAGUUGAAAAACUUAACAGCGUCCAUCAUGGAUUUCAAACAGUGGAAUGGUCUUUUAGAGGUUUCAACAAACGGUUUUUCUUUAAUCCGGGCGUCUAUGGAGAUAAUUCAGAUCCUAAAAUUGUAUUGACUACUACAACUGCUUCUAAUGAUGUUUAAAGCUGAACAUCAUUUUUUAAUUAUAAUUUACUAUUAAGGUUAGUUAAUGUUAAGACUGAACAUUUUUUUAUAGUUUUAUACAUAUUUUCUAUGAGUUUUUUAUUUUGAAAAUUUUAAGUACAACUGAGUAUAAGUUAAGUAAAAGUUUUUUACUAAUGCAUUCUUAACCUUGAUAUUUUUGUAUUUUUCAUAUCCACAACAAAUAAAUUAUAUUAUAAUAAA